GGAACCACGACCUCGACGGCGCGGCUCGGUUUUCUGAAAUAUGUGAAUGAACCCAAGACAGAGACAGAGUUGAUCAUAAUGAGUCUUCAGUCUGAGUGAUAACCGAGAGAAAUCAUGCAGCAUCAGAAUGGCAUCCAGAUCUAAAUGUCCUGUGAGGUGCUCAGACUCAGGCCGGAGAUAUUCAGAAGCUGUGGAGGCGCUGAUGUCCAUGAACCUCCAGCAGAGAGCGUCCUCUGAUGUGUGUGAAGACCCCCAGCAGUCCAGCACACAGGUUAUGUCAUGCAUGACUCCACCGUCCAGCCCCGACAGCGACCCGCACCUGGGGUCAGAGGUCACGUCUUCACCCGAGGCCAGAUCUCAAGCGGUCAGCGUGAUCCGGCACACGUCAGACGCCGACCGUGCUCCGCUCAGACCUCCAGCAGAUCUCCCAUCAGCCCCUGCUGCAGUCUUCCAGAUGCUUCCGGUGCCAGCGAGCUCCGGCUCUCCUCCGGCGUCGGUGCUGUUCGUGGCCGAAUCUUCAGUCCUGGUGAUUCUGCCCCCUAAACUAACAUCCACAGCACCUUCACUGGGUUUGAAGUUCCCCGCUAUCGCUCCGGCUCCGGCCCGAGACUCGUCCGCAAACAGAGCCGCAUCUGGAGCCGUCCCAUCACGGCCCCGUGAUCACAUCUGCACCCAUCCCGACUGUGGGAAGACGUACUUCAAAAGCUCCCACCUGAAAGCACACCUGAGGACACACACAGGUGAGAAGCCGUUCAGGUGCUGCUGGGACGGCUGUUUACGCCGGUUUGCCAGAUCUGAUGAACUGUCUCGUCAUCGGCGCUCUCACACAGGAGAGAAGCGCUUCUCCUGUCCUGUUUGCCACAGCCGCUUUGUGCGGAGCGACCACCUGGCAAAACACACACGCCGUCAUCUAACCGCCCGGAGAACGCCGCUGUGGCAGAAGGAGGUUUACCGUCUUCACAACAUCAGAAACCUGCAGCCUCUGGCUCCUAAAACUGAGAGCUGACGAGUCCUUCACAGCUUCACCUUUAACUGUUUAUGUAUAUAUAUAUAUAUGCACUACUGUUCCAAAGUUUGGAAUCAUUAGGACUUUUUUUUAUUUUUCUGAUAUGUUUGCUGCAUUUGUUUAUUAAAAAAAUACAGUAAAAUCAGCAAUAUUGUGAAAUAUUAUUAGAGUUUUAAACAACUGUUUUCUGUGUGAAUCUCUGUUAAACUGUAAUUUAUUUCUGUGAUGCAAAGCUGAAUUUUCAGCUUCAGUCUUCAGUGUCACAUGAUCAUCAGAAAUCAAAAAUAUCAAAAAUAUAUUUUUUUUGUGGAAACUUUGACUAUUAAAGGAACAGCAUUUCUUAGAAACCGAAACGUUUGGGAUUUCUGAAGAUCAUGUGACACUGAAGACUGGAGGGAUGAUGCUGGAAAAAAUACAUCAGGAAAAGUUCAUUUAAACUUUAAAGUUCAUACUUCAGAAAUCGUUCUAAUAUGCUGAUUUUCUGUUCAAUAUGCAUACCUUAUUAUCAGUGUUAUCUUCUUAAAUGUUGAUGUUUAAAUUAAAGCUGCAGUAGUACUUUUGUAAAAAUAUAUUUUUACAUAUUUGUUAAACCUGUCAUUAUGUCCUGACAGUAGAAUAUGAGACAGAUAAUCUGUGAAAAAAAUCAAGCUCCUCUGGCUCCUCCCAGUGUCCUAUUGCCAUUUACAGAAACUCCAUCGCUCCCGGUAAAAAACAACCAAUCAGAGCUGCGCUCCGUAACUUUGUUUGUGUUCAAAAUGUAUAUAAUAAGCGAGUACACCAUGAAUCCAUUUUCCAAACCGUGUUUUUAGCUUGUCCUGAAUCACUAGGGUGCACCUAUAAUAAGUGUUUAUAUUCGGACUAUUUUAGAUUGCUUCGGGGAUACCGCGGCGGAGUAACCCAGUACCUUUGUGAUUCUUCAUAGACAUAAACAGAGAGAAGUAGUUCCGGCUACGAUGUUCUUCCGCAAGACGCAAGCAGUUCUGUUUAUUAACCGCUCGAGCGUCAAAAGUUCCCCACCGCAGCUUUAAUACAGUUUCAGGUGUGGAUUUGUGCCAAAACAAACAAUGAAUGAACAUUUUAUUAACUAAUGUUAACAACAGUUCAUAAAUACUGCAACAGUUGUACUGUUAGUUAAUGCAUUAACUAAUGUGUCGUCAUAAAGCAUCACUCUUUUGUUAGUCUCUAAAUGUUUUUUUGUUGCAUAUAUGAAUAAAUACAUAGUUUUUUUUAAAUAAAAGUUUUCAUUUUCAAUACUA